AUGGAUCCUUAUGUGCUUUUCACUUGUCGGACUCAAGAACAGAAGAGCAGUGUCUCAUCAGGACAAGGCACAACUCCGGAAUGGAACGAGACAUUUAUCUUCACUGUCUCUGAAGGAACUACAGAGUUAACAGUGAAAAUCUUUGACAAAGAUGUCGGUACAGAGGAUGAUGCGGUUGGUGAAGCAACUAUUCCAUUGGAGCCGGUUUUCCUGGAAGGGGAUAUCCCACCAACUGCAUACAAUGUGGUGAAAAAUGAGGAGUUCAAAGGCGAGAUCUGGAUCGCGCUCUCCUUCAAACCCUCGGAAAACCGAAGCAGGGGUGUUGAAGAGGAGACUUAUGGAGGCUGGAAAAACUCUGAUGCAUCAUACUAA